CUGCUUCUUCCAGGUCUCUCUUCACCCAGUGCUCCCCUUCCAUCCCCCUUAGAGCUAUUUAACUACUUAGCAGGAACCAGCCACAGCUGCACCUUAUCCACGCCAGCCAGCCCACCACCCCUGAAGCCAGCCCACAGCUGUAUAUUAUCAAUGUUAAUUAACUUGCCGUCAUUCCUCUAUGCUUCCUCUACAGCGUUCAACCCCCUCUCAGCACCACCACACUCCCUCCUGCCCAGCCUAAGCCCCCCAUGCCACCCUGAGCCCUCCCCAGCAUCCUGCCUGAGGGAGAGCUGGUGGGGUGCCGAAAGCGAGGGGCAAGGGGGCUGCAGGUGCAGGGCUGAGGGGGCCACAAGCCGUCCCAGGGGUGCAGGUGGGGGGUCCGUGGCUCUCUGCCUGGACAGGUUGGCCUGCCUUCAAGCCUGAGAUCAUCUGCAAGAUGGAGCGAGAAGAGACACCAUGCAUGUGAAACCCCCCCGGGGCACAGCAGAGGCGCUGGACUCCCAUCCCAGGCAGUGAUGCCUGGAGGCAGUGGGAGGCUGGGGGGGUCCCUGGAGAGAUGCUGGCACCCGCUGCGCUGCCCAAGUGGGGCAGGAGGCGGCAGGGGUGCUUGGCUCACAGCCAGCUGGGCAGGAGCCAGGGGGGCCCAUUGGGGCACCACCACCUGCUCCCCACCCCCCAGCUGCUGGAGAAGACACCCCCCCCCCAACAUGCCCCAAGUGCAACAAGAGCUUCAAGAGCCAGACAGCACUGGCCAUUCACGAGCGGAGCCACAUGGGCGAGCGGCCCUUUGGCUGCCCCUGCUGCAGGAAGGGCUUCCCCUCCAAGGGGACCUCGUGUCACCAGAAGACCCACGCCAGGAAGCCGGACACCCCCCGAAACCAGCAUGGGCAUCCUGGCCAAGCCGCUGCCGCCCUGCAGGCCCCUGGCCCCCAAGAACCCUGCAGCUGCGUGGAGGGGGAAGAGCUUGGGCAAGAGCCGGGACCUGUGGAAACACCAGCAGAUGCACAUGGCGGCAUGGCCCUUCCCCGGCCUGCAGUGUGGCUGCUGCUUUUGGCUGAGGCAGGUCCUGGCAUCGCACCAGAAGGUGCACGGUGGGGAGAAGCCCUUCGGCUGUGCCGACUGCAGCAAGCACUUCGCUCAGAAGCAUCACCUGCUGAGCCACUGGUGCAUUCACACUGGCGAGAAGCGCUUCGCCUGCAGCCACUGUGGCCACCACUUCAGCCACGAGCACAACCUGGUCAGCCACCCGCGCAUCCGCAGCAGGGAGUACCCCUUCGCCUGCACCCACUGCCCCAAGGCCUUCCGGGACAAGAAGACCCUCACCUUGUACCAGCACAUCCACACCGGUGAGAAGCGGCGAGUGCGGCAAGACCUGCAGCCAGAAGCAGCACCUGAAGAGCCACCAGCGGGUGCACGGGGGCUUGCUGGCCAUGCUGGAGGGUGGCUGGUGGGAUGGGGCGGGGGUGUCCGCCCCCGGCAGGGGGGUGGGCGGAGGUCAAUCCUUACCAGCGCGGCAGCCGCAAGAAGCGGUUUCAAGACGAGCAGAUCAUGCUGGCCCACCAGUGCACCCAUGGCACCCCCAGCCCGUGGCUGCCCCUGCAGCCCACUGCCCCCUGAAGCUGCUGCUGAAGGGUCCCUGGGGUGCGAGGGGCUGCUGCAGGGGGGGGACUGCGGGGGGGUCACCCACAGCACCAGCCACCAGAGCAGUCACACGUGA